GCGGCUGUGGGACAUAAACAACAGUCGGUGCCUUCGUGUGUCCCUGUGGUGUGUCCCGAGGAAUGAGCUAACUCAGCUAACUUGUCCAAAUGAAAAGCAGCGAGGCGUCCGCAUAACUACCACCAGUCUCUGUUGAUACAUAUCCGACGCAAGGUGAUGCCAAUGGCCGACAUGAGGCUCUGCUCCCCUCUUCUUCUGCUCUGCCUGGCAGCAGCGCUGUCCUCUGCCUUUGUGAUUUCACCCCAAUACAUGUGGACCAAGCUGAUUCUGACCCACCACUGGCCCCGCACCUUCUGCGUUAUUGAUCCAUGUCAUUCCAACAUUAGCUACUGGACACUUCAUGGACUCUGGCCAGAUAAAGGGAUUGAUUGCAACUCAUCAUGGCAUUUCAACGCUUCUCAAAUAGAGGACCUGCUCCCUGACAUGCAGAAAAGUUGGCCCGACUUGCUUCACCCCUCAUCUACUGGCUUCUGGAAAUACGAGUGGCACAAGCACGGUACGUGUGCAGCAAAAGCGGACACUCUCAAUAGUCAACAUAAAUACUUCAGCAAGGCUCUGGAACUGUACCACAAAUUGGAUUUGAAUAGCAUCCUGAAGAAGUUUGACAUCAUCCCUUCAGAGAAAUACUACGAAUUUUCACAAAUUGAAGGCGUCAUAGAGAACUUCUACAAUGUUAAACCCAAGAUCCAAUGUGUCCACCCGUCAAAGAAUGCUGACCAUCAGAUUUUGGGGCAGAUUGAGAUCUGUUUCAGCCCUGACUUCACCCUCCAUGACUGUGAGAAACAGGGACACUGGGACAAAGGCAUGGCUGUCCACAAGGCAUCCGGGUUCAGUGUGUGUGACCAUGAUAUGCCAGUUUACUACCCACCUCUUCUGUAAAACAUACACGUGUGCCAACUGAAAUACAGCAACUCACUAAACCAAUGCAGCAACUCACUACACUCAGUCACACAUAGAAACAAAUGCAUUGUUUGUUUACCAGUCUGUUGUACUGUAAUUUAGGUUGCACGCACAUGUAGCUAUGAUUUUAUUUUUCACAGACUUUACAAUGAACUUCAUAACAUUAAUGAUAAUGUAUGUAGAAUAUAGCCUUAGACGGCUCAGUGUAAUCUGAAAUUUUUUUUGAAAUUCAUGUAACUGCUGGUUGGGACAAGUACUUGAAGAAAAAAAAAAUCACCUUUAUUGCAUUGUUGCACCUUUAUUGCAUUUAGUGCAUUGUUCUUUUUAUGUUUAAAAACCCCCCCAAGACACUCAGACACACACUCCACCCCUACCAAUUACGUUAAUGGAAUUAUGUCCCCUCCUGAACCUUAGUUGUAGAUGAGUCCUAAAGUGCCCAGGAUAUUUUUCCAGGACACAGCAGGAGGCAUGGGGGUAAGUCUAGGUCAAAGCAGGCGAGCAGACUGGUAGUGUAUGUGCCAUAUCUUUAGUAUCUUUAGUGGUGUUGGCGAAUGAGUGAAGCAUGCUGUGUGUAUUUGCGUCGUAUCUGCAGGUGACUCUUACAUCAGGUAAUGAGAGUGUAGACGUCAAACCACAUUGCGUAUGUUGUGACUCUGCCGGCUGUGUUUUUGUAUUUUAAACCACAUUUGUGUGCGCAUGUGCCACCUAUUAAUAUCCAUCUCUAUAGAUGCUUUUCAGCAUUAUGAUAACUUAAUUCAGCCAACAAAUCAAAACAGCUAGUGUUCUCUGUUGUUAAAACGCUGCAGGAUUAUUAUCGGUUAAGGGCCGUCACUUUGUAACCCGCACCGCUGCUUUGCAAGAACAUCUACAUCUUCCAGGCCUUAUAAACUACAGGUAGUCAUUGUUAGCUGCCCCCUGAUGUUUGCCAAGUACAUGAGCCAUUAUUCAACUGUUAAUCACAGUUGUAUGAUGAACAAUGGUCUCUAUAGACAAGAAAGUAAUAAUAGUAUAUAUAUGGGUGUAGAUUUAAUGCUUCAGUUCCUUUACGACCCACUCCAAAUAUAAGACAUUACACAAGAUAUCACACAAGUUCAUUAUGCACCAUUGUUGACACUCGCAUCUUAAACUGAACAAAUAAAAAAAAAACUAUUAUUUUCAAGGAUGUUGCAAAUGUUUCGGUUUGAGCAAGACUUGUCUCUAUUGGGGCAUUUAGGAUUUGACUAUUUUAAUGAAAAAAGAUGAUUUCAUAAAUAUUUCAAUUGAAAGCUGAAUGUUUAUUGUAAUUAUCGAUGUGGUCGACAAAUUCUGUGGUGUUAAAAGAACUCGGAUGCACAUUUGUACAUUUUUAAUGUCAAUAAAACAUUUGAUAUCAAUUCAA